AUGUGACUUAGGCAACAUCCGGGACACCGCCAUGGCUGCCGAGAGGAUAAUCUUCGCGAAGAAAUGUGUUUAUCUUUACCUCAAAAGAAAGGAAGAAAUUUGAGGCAACGGGGAUCGCCAGGUGUACUGGGGCAUUCAAUUAGACCAGGACCUCCUGGAUACAAUAGUGGCCAUUUAUCCGGAGUGGUUCAAGGACUACAAUCUCAUGGCGGACGGUCCACCCCAGGUGGAUGAGGCUUCACUCCAACAGGCAAUGGACAAGAACAAGGAGUCGUUAAAGGUGAAGCUGAUGCUUCGUCGGCCAAUUUCAGAACUUGUGGAUCAAGGCAUCAUGCCAUGUGAGUCAUUGAAAACGUCCCCCGCAUUCCAUGAACAAAGGAAAAGUCUGGAGAGGGCCAAAAUGGGUGAUUACUUGAAAAACAAAAUUCAGAGAAGGCCCGACAGGCAGGAGCUCAUACAACAACACAUUCUCGAAGACACAACAGUGGACCCAAGUUUACAAGACAAGCAACGACAGCUGAAGAAGGCCCGCUUGGCUGAUGGCCUCAACGACCGGCUGUCACACCGACCCGGACCCCUGGAGCUGAUUAAGGGAAACAUUUUACAGACAGACGAAUCAUUUGCGCAGGCAGUGAAAGAGGGCCAGAUCCCAUUUCGACGUACCUGUGAAGGGGAAACACGAAAACAUCCACCUCCAUUUGUGACAGAUGAAGAUAGUGAGGGAAGUGAUUCUUUGGCUGCAUCGCCAGAUGAUCAGUCUCAGAGCAGUCUUCCAUCAGUGGACCUUUCUGAAGCGUCCUCAGUCCCAUCUCCUGAAAGUCAGCCCACUACGCUGUGCCCAUCUCACCAACUUCAGUACUUGGGAUCAAAUGUGGUGGUUGCAACGCCAACUGUGUUUCUCACCAGUGGAAGCACCCAUGUGGUGCAGCCUGCAGGGGGAGGCAAGGCGGCAAGGAAGAAGUCAAAGUCAAAGUCACAGCCAAAGGCGAGGACCAUCAAGUUUCACGAGUACAAGGGUCCUCCAAAUGCCCAGAAGAACCACAACUCGGUUCCUUCAUCGACGGAGUCUUCAUAUGAGCUUCUGCUUCAACAGCAACAAUUGUUUCUCCAGUGGCAACUGGAGUGGCAGCAGAAGUAUCCGCAGAUCAUCCUGCCCGCGCAUAAACCAGUUGAACAGCAAAGCCCUCCUCCCACACCUCAGCCACACAAGUUCAAGCUAGAAGACAUGAAGGUGAGUGACCUAAAGGCAGAACUGAAACGAAGGAACCUCCCAGUAUCAGGUUCUAAGCCACAACUCAUUGAGCGACUCAAGCCACACACAGAUGGAAUGGUUGACAAGGUGGAGUUUUCCCCACAGUCGCCUUCAUUUGGAUUGGACUCAAGUCCACCGGUACCAAUGGAAGUGGAUGACCAUACACAGGAGUCGUCACCACCACAGAAAGAUCUCAAGGAGAGAUGCAUCGAGGAACUCCAACAGGAACUGCAAAGGUCCCAGCCUGUGUCUUAUACCGAAGCAGGGGCAAACUUGAGUGUUGUCACAACGCCAUCGCUGUCAGACAGGGGAAUGGUAAAACCUGCGGACAGCAAAGCUUAUCAGCGCCAGUUAAUUCAGCAGCACUUGCAGAAUAAAAUUCAGCAAGCAGCGAGCAUUAAUCCGAUCUCUUCGAGUCAAUCAUCUGCCGCAGUCAAGGCUUCACUGGCAAACUUCCUUCACAGUAAUUCUCACGCAAUCGCUUCAAAUAACCAAGGAAAUGUGCACAACGGCCCACGAUUGUCCCCGAAGCAGACCGACGGACAGCACUUGGCCAAGCAGCCACCUGAUUAUACCGAAGCAACGAAACAUCUAGUGAAAAAGGUGCCUAGCAAUACCGUCAAGAGCCAGGAUAUGGAUGACGUGCUGGAGAUUCUUAUCAAGAAUGGAGAAUUGCCUCCAAGUGCUGCACAAGAUCCCCCGGACAACUCAUUUGGUGUCCAGCCACCUUUUCCGACACCUCCACCUUCUUCAGAAGCGUCUCUUCCUGGACCUCCACCUGAAACUCCACCUCCUUCUGCAUCACUCGAUUUUGAUUUCCACCUCGACAUAGAUGACCUGGAUUCCAUCAACGUCCUUGGCUGUAAUGGAGAAGCAACAAAGUCAUUGUGUAAUGCGGAUCACGAUCCGGCGUUGAAUAUGGAGAUGGAGCUGUCUGAUUGGCUGGAUGUGAUGAUGCCACGCACAGCAAAUCUCUCUGAAUCCACCUCUAUGGCAAAUGGCAUUGGAACAUCGUCCACGAGCAAUCACGACCCAUUGUUGUCCACCAAUGCAAACGACGACCCAUUUGACUUUUUUGCAACGGAUGAUGUGGACCUUCGGUCAUGGGACUUUCGGAACACGUGGGACAAUGCAGACUUUAUUGCCUGACAUACAUGAAUGUGAUGUUCCGUAUCAGUGGACCAACGCUCUGCCAGGUGGCUUUUCUUGCAUUCACAAAUUGGCUUCCAGUGAAAGUGAUUGUUGCAGGAUAUGGAGCGUAAGGACGGAUACCAUGGGAUGUCCACAUAUGUUGUCUUUCAAAACAAACAAACAAAGCCUUCAUGGAAAACAUCUUGAAUGGUGUGCUUUUGAGGUUGUGUUGCUGCUGAAAGAAGGACUUGUUGUGCCUUAAAGCAUCCUCUUUUAUACUCUCUGUGACAUCGUGCCAACACUAUCUGCUCAUACAGAUGACCAAGGAGGCUCGCAACAGUUCUUGCACCUAGAGUCUGCUCAGUUCUAGAACAGAGAAAAAUUUCUUGGCAAAACAUUCCAAAAUGCUCUUACAAGGAACGAUCCGUUUUUGUCACUAGUUUAAUGCAAGAUCCGCUCAAAAAGUUGUACAUAAUACACACAUAUAAAUGACACUGGCAGAAUUGUUCAGAAUGUUUGUAUAGAGAUUUAACGGAGCUUAGAAGGUGUUUAUUUUAUAGCGGCUAAACUUUGAGGAAUAUGUGCCUUUUUCUCCAGUAACAAGGGUGGCUUGUGGUGUUAUUUUCAAAAUCAUUUCUUAGUGUGACACUGUACAGUUUUUGCUUUUUUUGUAAAUAGGUAGUUUUGUGCCUGUGUAAUAAAGGCUGCACAAAUCCUU